AAUCUUCGUUCAUAAAGAAAACGUGGAGAGAUUUUCAUUCAUCAUUCAAUUUCAAAGUUGAAAAUUUUACAAAUUAAAUUGAAUAGUCAAGUUUGAAAUUUUCAGAAAUAUUCAAAACUACAUUUUCUCAAGUUCUGAAAAAGAUCUCGUGUGGUUAUCGACAACAACCAGUGUUGGCUGUAGUAUUACAAGCGUUUCAGGUUUUCUAUAAUCUUUAUUGACGGACUGAAUACCGUUCAGGAUGCCAUUAAAAGAUCCGGAAGCCUUCGAUGGCAUGUUAAUGGCCAUGGCUCAACAGCACGAGGAGGGUGUUCAAGAGCUUUUGGACACCAUAUUCAGUUUCUUGGCAAGGAAGACCGACUUUUAUACCGGAGCGUCUAGGGCAACUGCUCGAAAGCUCAUUUUGGAGAAAUUCGAAAAGUACGAGUCCAAGGCUAAAGAAGCAGAAAUGAAAAAGAAAAAGGAGUUUGAUGAAAUCGAUCGGAAACGUAAGGAACGAGCAGAAAAAGAACGUCGAGAGCAGGAAGCUCCACCCGUUGACCUUAGCGAAUCCUCGGUACAGGAACUCACGGAGGAAGAGGCGGAAAGACUCCAAAAGGAGAUCGAUAACAAGAAGAAACCGGAGCAAUCGUCGUCACCUGAGCCUUCUGGUGCGUCUUCUUCUGCUGGGGGCAGUGGGGACGCUCCUGCAGUCACUAAAGUAGAGGAAAACGGUUCAAAACCUGCAGAUGACGAAGAUGAAGAUGAAAAUGAUAAAGGAAAACUGAAACCAAAUUCUGGAAACGGGUGCGACUUGCCGGAUUAUCGCUGGACACAAACACUAUCUGAAAUCGAGUUGCGAAUCCCCUUGAAGAUCAACUUGAAAUCUGGAGAUGUUAAAAUUGAAUUUAAGAAACGACACUUGACCGUCGGACUGAAGAACCAACCUCCAAUAAUUGAUGCAGAGACGUUUAAUGAAAUCAAGGUUGAAGAGUCCACCUGGGUUUUAGAAGAUCGCAAAGUAAUUUUCAUAACUCUGGAGAAAGUGAACAAGAUGGAAUGGUGGAAUCGCCUCGUGAUGACAGAUCCAGAACUUAACACUCGCAAAGUUAAUCCCGAGCCUUCAAAAUUGUCUGAUCUGGAUGGAGAGACACGUUCCAUGGUGGAGAAAAUGAUGUAUGAUCAAAGGCGAAAGGAAAUGGGGUUGCCUACUUCGGAAGAGGAGAAAAAGCAGGAAAUGUUGAAAAAAUUCAUGGGAGCUCACCCAGAAAUGGAUUUUUCCAAGUGCAAGUUUAGCUAAAUGUGUAUAAUGAAACCCUCCCACGAUUCCCUUCACGUACUUAUUUUUGUCUCGAUUUCAAACUUUUCUACAGUCUCACUUUUGUUUUUGUCCGCUUUGUAUUUUGGUACGUACAUGUAUUCACUCACAUAUUUAGUAGUUCCACCUCCUUCUUAAAAUUAAUUUUGGUAUCCAUUGUCUAUUCAAUUAGUCAAAUUAAUGCAAAAAAAAUCUUUCAUAAUUUAAGUAAUUAUAAAUUGUAAUAAAAACAAGUGUUGUCUUGUAACACGAA